AUGUUUUCCUACGGACGCAGCUCCAGCUCCCGCUGCCUGGCGCCGUGCGCGGUGUCCUGUCCCCAACCCGUGGCCAACACCUGGAACGAACCCUGUGUCACCUCUUGUGGGGACUCCAGGGCUGUCAUCUACCCUCCGCCCGUGGUCAUGACCUUCCCAGGCCCCAUCCUCAGCUCCUGCCCUCAGGAGAGCGUCGUGGGAUCCUCGGCACCCUCAAACUUCCUGGGAUCCGGGGGUUCCUAUGGCUCCUACAACUACAGGAGGUCCUACUCAUCCUACGGAUCCUCUGGGAGCUGCAGGCCCUGCUAA